AUGGGUGACGCAGCAGCAGCAUUGGCAUUAUUGAAUCAAAAAUUUCCAGUUGCAGAUGUAGUAGCAGGAAUUAAAUGUGAAAGAGCUAUAAAAUGGGAACUAACGAUUGGCGAUGAUUUGACACCACACUGGAAACACAGUAUUGUAUGUGUUUCCAUUGAAAAGACACCAUUUGCUCAGGGUUCAUGCAGAACUGCUCACAAAUUACAGGAUUGGUCGAAACCCGAUCAAAGACUUGUCGGAAAAUUUUCAACCAACAAAAAGACAACCAGAGACUCAUAUUUUACAGAUGUCCUCAUGCAAACAUUCUGUGCAAAGUGGACUGAAAAGUUUAAUGAAAUGAAACCACCCAAACCAAUCACUUUUCUUCCAUCCUAUGUCUAUGAAUUAAUAGAUCAUCCACCUCCCUAUCCAGUUUGUGGUGGUGAACCUUUUAUUGAUGGUGAAUACAAAAAACAUAAUAAUAAUAGUGGAUAUGUAAGUUCAGACGCUAGAAAUACACCACAAGCAUUUAGUCAUUUUUCAUUUGAACAUUCAAAUCAUGAAUUGUUGAUUGUCGAUAUUCAGGGAGUCAAUGAUUUCUACACCGAUCCACAAAUCCACACCAAGAGUGCUCAAGGCUUUGGUGAGGGUAAUUUGGGCGAGACUGGGUUCCACAAGUUCUUGCAGACACACAAGUGCAAUGCAGUGUGUGACUUUUUGAAAUUGAAACAAAUCAAUCAGAGCAAAAAGACAUUGCUUCGUGGCACCUUGCCCGUUGUACAGUUGAUGGAGUUUCACGAUGCCAUUGGUAUCAAUGCCAACGGUCAAGCUACUGGAGCGGCCAAGAGCGGCCAUACGAUGGAGUACUUUGCCAGCGGUCAGAGUACCGCACCCGCAUCAUUAGAAGAUGAGGAAAAGAUGUUGCAAGAACAAUUGGAACGUAUCCGUGCACAACAAAAGGCCAAACAGGCUGCUUUACCCAAACAACCAUCCAACUCGAACCUUCACAAACUUUCACCCAAACCAGCUCCCAAACCAGCUGCUGCCUCUAUAUCAGUGUCUGCGUCUGCUUCAUCUCCUCCAUCUACCUCGCCUACCCCAACUUCUCCUAAACCUGUACCUUCUGCAGUUGCCAAGCCUGUUGCAGUUGCAGCUACACCAGUUGCCGCUACCCCCGCACCAGUCGCAGUCGCUGCUACACCUGCACCAGUUGCAGUCGCAGUCGCACCAUCCCAACCAACUACUCUACCAACGCCAGUUACACCAGCUGCUGCUACCGCACCACAGGCAUCCAAUCAAGAGAUUGUACCAGACAAGUCAGCAUUUGAAAAAUGGGAUUUAAAGAAUAUUCGCAACCAAGAUACCAUUCGUGGUUUGCAAUCAGAGUGUAUUGUCGGUGACGACACACGUCUCUACACUGGUUCCAACGACGGUAACCUCGGUGUUUGGGACAUUAACGAGCUCAAGCAUACUACCAAUAUCCGUGCACAUGGCAAGUCGAUCAGAUCGGUUUGCAUGACACCAACGGGUCACCUCAUUACUGGUGGUGCCGACUCUUACCUAAAGCAAUGGGAUCUCACCACCAUGACUGCAGUCAAGGAGAUUAAAGAAGCCAACGAAGUCAACACUGUCUUUGUGCUCGACAACCUCUUGUUUACCGGUUGCAACGACAAGACUGUCAAAGUGUGGGAUUUGCGUUCCGACAAGUGUCUCCAAACCUUGCAAGGACAUACACGUGCCAUCAAGACUGUCUAUGCCAUGGGUAACCUCUUGUUCUCUGGUUCCAACGAUCAACAAAUCUUUGUGUGGUCGCUCCAAAACAACCGUAUUCUCACCAACUUCCAAGGUCACGAAGGUUGGGUCAAGAGUUUGUACGCUCACAACAACACUCUCUAUUCGGGCUCGCACGAUGAAACCGUCAAGGUAUGGGAUCUCAAGACUACCAAGUGUGUAAAUACUAUCAAGUGCAAGGACCGUGUCGAAACAUUGCACGUCACCAACCAAGGUAUCUUUGCCGGUGCCGGUGAUUUCCUUCAGGUCUUUAGCACCACCGAUCACGAGCAAUUGGCUGCUGUAAAUACUAGAUCUAGUAUAUUGUGUACUUGGAGAAGACAAAAUCAACUUUUCACUGGUUCAUUGGCUAGUAAUCUUAAGGUUUGGAAUUGGGAUUUACUCUAA